AACAAUGGCUCGACUAAGCCUCAUCGUAACGAUCAUCGCCGUUGCAUUGACAUGUGUAUUCGCAGAGAAAGAACUCUAUACGGAUCGAUACGACGAUAUCAAUAUUUAUGAAAUUUUGGAGAACGACAAAUUGCGAGCGCAAUAUUACAACUGCUUCGUGGGCACUGCACCAUGCAAGACUGCAGAUGCAAAAUUCUUUGCUGAGGUCAUAGGUGAAGCUUUGCAAACGCAGUGCGGAAAAUGCACCGAAAAACAAAAAAAUCUUUUGGACAGCUUAGUUGAUUGGUAUACAAAGAAUAAGCCCGAAGAAUGGGAAGCAUUUAUUAAGAAGACUAUAGAGAAAGCUCAAAAUAAAAAUGCUUAAAGGACUUGACUUGCUGAUAACAAAUACCGAAAAAAAACUCCGACGAGGAUAAUGACUCAUGAAAUAAUGAUUUAUGUAGAAAAUUAUUACAUA